CGCGAGCUUUGAUCGGUGUUUUACACGUGCUUCAUAGCAUGUGCGUUUCUGCCUGGGAUUUUUCUAUGGAAGUCUGUUUUCCUAUAGGGACAUUUGUAUAUUUUUCGAGUUAUGGCCACAAGGAAGCCACUGUUCGACGUAUUUGUUGGUAAUUUGCCUUCGAACGUUACAGAGCAAACACUUGCUCCUUUGUUCACCGAAGUUGGGGAGGUGUGCUCUAUACGUGUAAGGAACUCGAAGAAUGCAGGAAAAGUAGCAUUUGUGCGCUACUUUUUUGAACUGGAUGCUGACGCAGCCGUUGCUAAGCGCAACGGGUACCUAUUUGGAAAUAACCCUCUGGAUGUUCAUAGGAUGCAAAAGAGCACAAGGCUAGAACAAUCGGAAGUGAAUCCUGGGGAAACAGCUGGAAGUAGCAUGGAUCCAAAGAGGAAAGCUAUGGCUCUUUCUGCAAUCCUUGGCGCUGCACAGAGCAAGAAGGGUUUUGCUAAAGAGUCUUCAGACGUCCCUUCUCGUCCAGAAGGGGCAGAAAUAGAGCUACUAAUUUCUGAAGUGAAAGACAUAACAUCCUUCUUUGGGCAGCGACCUUCAGAUUCUGACAAAGCCACUGAACUUGAAUUCCAGUUGGCUGAAAUUUGCCGUACAGCUGUGUCGGAGACAAAUCCAGAACUUGAGAAGGUUUAUGCUGCUAAGUUCUCUGAAGAUGGGCAAUGGUACCGUUGUAAAGUUUUGCAGAAGAUUGACAAUACCAAGAGCUAUAUUCAGUACCUGGACUAUGGUAACUGUGAGGAAAUCAGGCACGGCCCAGACUUGGUGAGCCUUUCUGGUGAACUUGCCCUCAUACCUCCGCUGGUCAUCUUCUGCUGCCUUGAUGGCCUGCAAAGCUUGAGCAAAGAUGAUGAUCCUGCCCUUUAUAACAAGGCACUCAUCUUCAUGAAGGAGUUGCUGAGGGACAAUGUAGUAAAAAUAAAGACAAAGACCACAAUUUCCCAGCAGACCACCAACUUGGUAACAAGUUGCCAUGUUGUCGAUUCUGGUCUGGACGUCUUCGAAGAAUUGCUCAGUCGAAACUAUGCUAAGAAGAUACAGCCAACUAAAGAUGCAGCACCAAUUUGUAGUCCUGGCCUACAACGAACUGAUGAAAAUCCGGCACUUCCAUGUGCAUCAUCAGGUCCUCCAGUAAUAUCACGGUCUCCCAAUUGGAAAGGUCAACAGCAGAUCAGUUGUGCAGAAAACACACACAGCAGAGGCUACCAGCGUACACCUGAGCGUAGCACCUAUCCUUCUCGUGACCACAGCUAUAGCUGUGAUCGUGGCUAUAGCAACGAGCAUGAUUAUCAGCAUGGUUAUGGACGAGGCUUUAAUGGAGAUCGUUUUUACGGUCCUGAUCAGAAUCGCUACUUCUCAACACCAUCAUUUAGACCCAUUUACCCUGGAUGUGAUGGCAUCGAAAAUGGUGGCCGGUUUAGGGCUCCUUUCUACCCACGUGAGCCAGGAACUCUGCAUGGAUCAGGAGGGCAGCCAUGGAUGAUGAACCAGCCUGAACUCCGCAUGGUUCCAGCUCGAAGUAUGCGCCCAGUUGCACCUGGAGGUGGUGAUACUGCCACAGCUGCAGUGAAGCAGCUGAGUGAUGAGCGAAACUUGCUAAGGUCUCAGCUGCAGACUAUGGAGGAUCGAAUCAAGGCUUUAGAAGAACAAAUAGCUGCUAACGACUCUCUUUGCCAAGCCAAAAACAACUCGCUUUCAAAGUUGCCAGAUAUUUUCGUGCUUUUGGAAAAAGUGAAGCUUCAGAGAGAACAGUUCUCAACUGACCCUGAUGUCAAGGACAUGGUUGAAAUGGCUUUGGAUGUCUACAAGACCUGCCGGCAGAUAAAAGAGCCAAAUCGCAACGUGGAUUCUGCAGUCGCUCGCUAUCAAGCAGCUCAGGAGGCCAUCCAAAAGUGCUAUGAUUUGGGCCAGUUGCCAGCACUGAGAGCAGAGCGUGAUGCUGCCUCUGAGGAACUUCGGCAGCAGUUGCAAGCCCACAAAGAGAUAGUAAAAGAUGCUGACCAGGCGAAUAGUCGCAAUCUUCUGCAUAUCAAAGCUGCCUUAGCUGAGCUAAAACGGGCCUAUGGUGAGCUACUGGAGGUUUCUGGAGGUGCCCCAUUGGACAUUGCAGCUGUUCCUUUGACCUUUGAUGAAAUAAGCCAAAGCAUUGCCAAACUGAAGAUGGAAAAAGGGCCAGACUUCCAGAGGCAAAGGCAGAAGACUGAUGCUGCACGUGCUCGUCUCGUAACUGUUCUACAGGAACUGGAACAGGCCCUUCUAUGUGCUAAGGCUGAAUCUGGUGGAAAGCAGUUCUCUGUUAGUUGCAUAGAUGGAUGUGUGGAGGACCUUGAGCACUGUCUCCAGGCAGAGGUGUCUGCAUGUAAUCUGAUAUCCUCUGCCAAUUAUGGGCAUCUUGGCGUUCUGGUUCAGCAGCUGGUGUCAGAACUUCAAGAAACACUAACUCAGGCAUCUGAUGCUGUUCUUGCACAAGAUCGCUAUAGCAGCCUGCUUCAAGAACUUGGCUUGGAUAGUUCACAGCAUGACUCUAGGGAUUGUGAAUACAAAGCCAUGGAAGCCUGCCAGCUGCAGCGCAAGCUGCGUAAACUGAAAUCUGCUUUGCGACAUCGUUUAGCAGACCUAGAAGAUAUUGAGCCCUUUUACGAGUCUGAAAGAGCCAAGGUCACGGCAGAUAUCCAUGCUGUGCGUAUCAAGCUUCAAGGUGUCUUCAUUGAAGAGGAACAGCUUUUGGAUCAAUUGUCUCAGCUGCAGAUCCUGCGGUUUCCUGAAUUGGCACUCCUUUUUCCAGAAUUGGAGUUAACAGAGUAUCAGAGGUUCAACAGCCUUCUGAAAUCACAGUGGGAGCUCAUAGCUUUCGAUACCGAGACCUAUGGACCACAGUUGAAGACAACAUUCUGCGAAGAGGACGUGCUAAUAAUUGAGUAUGCAGUGGAUUUUUCUGGUGACCUGGAUGUACUUCUCAUGAAGAUUACACAGUACAGCUAUGCCCGCUGCAGUCACCUUCUUCCCAUAAGGGCAGUUUUUCUCUCCAAGGACCAGCGCCAUGUGUACAUCAUGGUUCCCUCCGUGGGGAAGCACCUGGUGAACCAUGCCCGACCUGUCCUGCCCCAUCUGACUAUUCUGCACGACAUUCUGAGUGCCCUCCACGUGCUGCACACUCCUUUUGAGAGCAAACCUUCUAUUGGCCAUGGCCGUGUUCAUCCUGCCUGGAUUGUGCUGCCUGCUGAUGGCCAGUCCAUCGUACUUGAUCUGCCAGAUUUCAGCACCUAUAUGCUGAACAAGAGCCACCAGUUGCCUAUCGCUGGAGGGAUUGACUUCACUGCCCCAGAGCUACGCAUCAUGAAUGUCGUGCCACAACCAACACCUGCCAGCGACAUGUUUGCUUUUGGGUGUCUGAUGCUAUGGCUGAUGUUCCCUGAGGCAGUAUUCAAGCAGGGAUGCCUGGAAACCCUUGGACCUGCUGAAGAGGUGCAGAUUCAUAGCCGACAAGAAGCUGCGGUAAUACGUUCCCUGCUGAGAGAAAACCCUGCUGAUCGGCCUACAGCUGCACAGCUUCUUGAAAACCCUGUUUUUGCUGGGUUCAGCAAGGAUCAAAGACCCAGCACUGCUACUUCAGUGGCAGUUAAGGCGAAGUUAACUGUUGCCCAAACUCUCUCCCGACCACUCGAGCACUGAAGUGAUGUGUUGAUUUCCACCAAGUCGUGUUUUGUAUUUUGUAAUGAGAGUGUACAAUUAAAUCUCCAUUACCACUACCUGUCUGUGAUCAGCGCAGUAAUGCGUUUUUAAGCCCAUUUCUUGUCAUUAAUGUACCACAGUCUUUCAAUGCAUCUAUCAUUUGACAUUUUGUCUAAGCAUAUAUAGUAAAAAAAAAAAAGUUUGCAGUUAGCACACACAAAACUUUUAGCUCUCGUAUCCCCAUUGCCUGUUUGGCUUGUUCUUUUUAACCUCCAAACAUCACAUUUAUUUGUUUUUGAGAGCAUUCAAAAUAAAGUUUGCAAUAUGUA